CGUAACUCGAGAUGCUGCGAUGGACCAGCAUUCUUAUUCUCAAAACUAAAUUAUCUUUCUGUUGAAUUUUCGUUUGAGAACGGCAAUGACUCAUUGUUUUAGUCUUACGGUGAUUGUAGUGGGUGAUAAAAUUUGUAAAUAAGUUUUCGUGUACAGUGGCCAGAUAUUGAUUUUCUUUGAAUCCGCCGUCUGUCUGGAGAAUCAAGUGUAUUAUCACACACGUACAAAAAAUGAACCGACUAGGGCAAAUCCGUCUUCCUCCUCUAUCCGCUGCCGUUAAUGUAGCUAAUCAGAUUCGAAGACAAAUUUUGCCGUCUAACAGACUCCCAGAUGACCCUUCUGAAUCUGAGAGAGAAAGGGUACAUUUUGCCCAAGUUCCUACUCAAAAUCAAGUCAAUCAUGGAGGUGUCGACGAACAUCAUGAGAUGAGCAAUAUGAACAUGAAAGGAACCAAUCCGUUUCUUAGCAAUGAUACUAGUAACUAUCAAAAUCAGCAAGAAGAUAGCAAUUUUAGUAAUGCAUAUCAGAGACAGCAAAGUAGGAUGUCAUCUGUUGAUUUUUCGGAAGGGUCCGAUUUUGUGGAAGGAAGAACCGUGUCUAAAAUCAAUGAGUAUCAGGCAGCUUGGAAUGUUACGAAUGCAAUACAGGGUAUGUUCAUCGUAUCUCUGCCUUUCGCCGUUCUAAAAGGUGGAUACUGGGCCAUCGCAGCAAUGAUAGGUGUAGCGUAUAUUUGUUGCUACACCGGCAAAAUCCUUGUCGAAUGCCUUUACGAAUUCGACGUACAAACGGGCAAGCAGAUCAGAGUUAGAGAUUCAUACGUGGCUAUCGCAAAAGAGUGUUUCGGGAAAAAAUAUGGAAGUAAGAUUGUCAGUAUAGCCCAGGUUAUAGAACUGCUUAUGACGUGCAUACUGUACGUUGUUGUUUGUGGGGAUUUGAUGAUAGGAACUUUUCCCGAUGGGGAUAUAGAUACUCGAUCUUGGAUGAUGCUCGUUGGAAUUUUUCUGAUUCCUUUAGGUUUUCUUAAAUCACUAAAAAGCGUAAGUGUCCUAUCGUUCUGGUGUACAAUGUCCCAUAUUCUCAUUAAUGCCAUCAUUCUGGGAUAUUGUCUUCUGUACAUUGGUGAUUGGGGCUGGAGGAAAGUCAAAUGGUCUGUCGACUGGGAGAACUUCCCCAUCAAUCUAGGAGUGAUCGUUUUUUCGUAUACAUCGCAAAUUUUCCUCCCUACUCUAGAAGGUAACAUGGAAGACCCAAGCAAAUUUCAAUGGAUGCUGGAUUGGUCCCACGUAUGGGCAGCUGUAUUCAAAUCACUGUUUGGAUAUCUAUGUUUUUUGACGUUUCAAAACGAUACUCAGCAAGUUAUAACAAACAACUUACCUUCUGCUGGAUUUAAAGGACUUGUUAACAUCUGUCUUGUUAUCAAAGCUCUUUUGAGUUAUCCGCUUCCGUAUUAUGCAGCUUGUGAAUUGCUAGAAAGAUCAUUUUUUAGAGGUAAACCUAAAACUCCCUUCAACUCUAUUUGGGCUGUAGAUGGUGAACUGAAGGUCUGGGGCCUGGCUUGGAGGGUAGCAGUAGUUGUAUUUACAAUUUUGAUGGCGUGCUUCAUCCCACACUUUUCAAUUCUAAUGGGUUUCAUAGGUAGUUUUACAGGUACGAUGUUAAGUUUUAUAUGGCCUUGUUAUUUCCAUCUGAAAUUAAAACGGGAAGGUUUGGAUUCCAAAGGAGUAGCUCUGGAUUAUUUUAUCAUAUCUCUAGGAUUCUUCUUUGGAUUUAUCGGUAUGUAUGACUCUGGGAGAGCUUUGAUUAAAGCUUUUGCCAUUGGCCUUCCAUUCUAGAUUGUUAUGUAAUAAACAUGUUAUCACAACAAGCUUAAGGAAUAACUAUACAUAUGUAAAGGUAAAGUAUUUAUUUAUAGUUGUAAAGAUAAGUUUUAUAAUAUUUUUUUUAAUAAAAACCAAAACUUAGGGCUCUAGAACAUAUUGAUGUUAUAUGUAAUCCUCUUAGUAAGUUGACACCCAUUCUUUAUAUUUUUGUCUCAAUAAUUUCGAUCAGAGUUUAAUUAUUUUUUUAUUUUGACAAAUUGAUUGUAGUUUGACUUGAUUUGAAUGUCCAGAUCAUAUAUGCACCUUCUAUUGUAUUUUCUUCUUCUUGAUGUGCCUAUCCUUAUCGAAUGUUGGCGAUCACCAUGGCAAUCUUCACUUUAUCUGCAGCAACGCGGAAAAGCUGCACAGCAGAUUUUGUGUUGAACCAGGUUAUGAGGUUCUUUAACUAGGAUGUUCUUGUUAUUCCUGGACCUCGCUCUCCAAAUAUUUUCCUUGCAGUGCAGCCGAUAUGUGAAACAAUUGUGCAUUUAAUGAUAGAAGUAUAUAAUUUGGACCACAUAUACUGCACAUAUAAAGGUUCAAAUUUAGAUAUGAGGCCAUCUCAGAUUUUGCCUUUUACAAAAAUGGCGUAGAUUCAAAAUGGCGACUAUACAUUAUGACUAAUAGCAGGAUAACUUUUGAACAAGAUUUCAGAUUUCAACCAAAUUUGGUAUAUAGGUUCUUUUUUUGAUGUAUAAGAUCGAGGCCUUGAACUGGAAGAAUCGGUUUACCAGAAGUUGUGUUUUUCCUGGCUUUUAUGUAAAAAUAUGCUGUUUUUUUUUCAAUUCUUUCACCCUGUAUGUAUUAAUUUUUCAAAAAGUUAAUACCACUGUUGAAAAGAGCGUAAAAAUAUUUUUUAGGAAAUAUUUUUAACUUUUUAGUUAUGUUAAUUGCCAUUUAAUAAAUGCAUAACGUAUCUUCACAUGUACCUAUACGCGGCAGAUUCGUGCAAAUAUAAGAAUUAUUGUGCAUUUAAUGGUAGAAGCAUAUAAUUUGGACCACAUAUACUACACGUAUAAAGGUUCAAAUCUAGAUAUGAGGCCAACUCAGUUUUUGUUUCUUUUACAAAAAUGGCGGGCAUUCAAAAUGACGACUAUACAUAUGUGACUAAUAGCACGAUAACUUUUGAAUGAGAUGUCAGAUUUUAACCAAAUUUGAUAUAUAGGUUCUUUUUUGAUGAAUAAUAUCGAGGUCUUGAACUGGAAGAAUCGGUUUACCAGAAUUUGUGUUUUUACUUUUUUUUAUGUAAUAAUAUGUUGUUCUUUUUAAUUCUUUCACCCUGUAUAUAUAAAUUUUUCAAAAAGGUAAUAACGCCAUUGAAAAGAGUGUAAAUAUAUUUUUUAGGAAAUAUUUUGAACUUUUCAGUUGUGUUAAUUACCAUUUAAUAAAUGCAUAACGUAUGUUCACCUGUACCUAUGGGCGGCAGAUUCAUUUAGAAUGCCCGCCAUUUUCGUAAAAGACUAAAUCUGAGAUGACCUCAUAUCUAAAUUUGAAUCUUUGUAUGUGUAGCAUGUGUGGUCCAAAUUAUAUGCUUCUACCAUUAAAUGCACAAUAAUUCUUAUACUUAUUAUUAUUUGCACGAAUCUGCCGCACAUAGGUACCUACAUGUAAAGAUAGGUUAUGCAUGUAUUAAUAUUAUGCAUGUAUUUUGACAACGACACCCGAAUUGGGUGACGAAACGUUAAUAAAAUUAUUUUUUUGGUAAAAUUGUGGCUUAUUUCCCAUUAAAAGUAAUUAAUUAUGUAUUGAUUGGUAAUUAUUACAACUAAAGAGUUCAAAAUAUUUCCUAAAAAAUAUUUUUACGCUCUUUUCAACGCCGGUAUCACCUUUUUGAAAAAUCAAUAUAUACAGGGUGAAAGAAUUGAAAAAGAAACAACAUAUUUUUACAUAAAAAAACAGUAAAAACACAAAUUCUGGUAAACCGAUUCUUCCGGUUCAAGACUUCGAUAUCAUUCAUCAAAAAAAGAACCUAUAGUCCGUCCGCUAUAACUUUUCCCAUGCGGUACGAUUAAUUUUCAAUCAAAUUAAGUCAAAACAUAAAUUGAAAUGAACGUCGUCGAUGUGUAUAUACAUUUUGUAUACUGUAUACUAUAUACUACACACAUCGUUUCACUUUCUGUUUUGACUUAAUUUGAUUGAAAAUGAAUCGUACCGCAUGGGAAAAGUUAUAGCGGACGGACUAUAUAUACCAAAUUUGGUUGAAAUCUGACAUCUCGUUCAAAAGUUAUCGUGCUAUUAGUCACAUAUGUAUAGUCGCCAUUUUGAAUGCCCGCCAUUUUUGUAAAAGGAAGAAAAACUGAGAUGGCCUCGUAUCUAGAUUUGAACCUCUAUAUGUGUAGUAUAUGUGGUCCAAAUUAUAUGCUUCUAUCAUUAAAUGCACAAUUCUUAUAAUAUUUGCAUAAAUCUGCCGCACUAUUGCAGGAUAGCUUGAAGAGGGGAUAUCUGGAUUCAUUUCGCAUAAUGUGUCCAAAGUAUUCCAACUUUAGAGAUUUGAUGGUGGUUAGUACCUCUCGGUUCUUCCUCAUUCUUCUAAGGACCUCCACAUUUGUGACCCAGUCAAUCCACGGAAUUUUAAGAAUUCUCUGAUAUAGACAUAUCUCCAAUGCUUACAAUUUUCGGCACAUAUCUUCGUUCAAAGUCCAUGAUUCAACCCCAUAAAAAACAGAAAACGUAGCAUCGCAGCAUUCUUACUUUUAUACCAAGAGAAAGGUUGUGGCUCAUUAUGUGUCUGUUUCGUACUAAGUUUUAUAAUUUUGAAAGGAAAAACAAACCUUUAGUUAUUAAUGGCGAAGAGCCCUGGGUUUGUGGUUCUUGCAGAUUUUCUAAAAUUCCCAUUGAAUAAUUACUUAAAAAAUAAUAAAAUGCGUAUAUACAUGUCACCGAAUGGGUCGACGUUAAGGCUUGGACAAAUAUGUCAAGCAGCCUUUUAAUUCAUCUUAUAUUCUUUACUUCUUCUUAUCUGCAAUUUUAAUUUUUCCUGUGUACUAGUGGGACUGUCUUAAGAAGCACGCUUACAUCUCUUCCAAGUCUGAGAACUGCGGUCUCUUCCCUUUUUGUAAGCCUCAAACAUAGUCUAUCGUGUUAAGUGCAACACAUUAGUUUAGGGUCCCACGUUGGGCGCCAAAUAAUGUGUUACACAAUGGGCAGGGCCGCCGCUAAAGUGUUGGCCGCCCGUGUGCAACUUAAUAUUUGCCGCCCCCCUUUUAACACUUUAGUCGUUUCAACAUAGAUAGGUACUAGUAUUUAAAGAAAUGUGCAGGAGAUACAUCGUAAUCGUAACGGGUAUAUGAAAAAUAAUUGCUCUGAAUUAGACCUGGAUUCCGCGUACCAAAAAAAAGUUGAUUAAUAGCAAGCUGAAAAUUUGUUAAUAGCUUAACGGUGUCUAGUCGGACAAACUUUGAUGUAUGGGAAUACUGGAACAGGGGAAAUUUUAAUUGUGGAACAGGUUAAAAAUUUGAAACGUCAGACUAUGAAAACGUUCCAUGUAUUUUGUCAGACAUAACUGCCAAUUGAUUUGUUACCAUUUCAUUAAACUCUCAUGCAAAAAUCAGAAAUCAAAACUGGUGUCUAUGACGAACUGGGCAUUUUAAUGAGUGAAACACGAAGAACAUGUCAAAUGACAGGAAUCAUGUUGGUUAGUAAUAGAAGUCUGAUUUUAGCAUGAGAGUAUAAUGAAAGGUUAACAAAUCAAUUGGAUGUUCUGUCCGACAAAAUACAUGGGACGCUUUCGUAAUCUGAAGUUCCAAAUUUUUAAACUGUUCCACAAUUAAAACUUCCCCUAUUCCAGUGUUCCCGUACAUCAAAGUUUGCACGGCUAGACACCGUUUAAGCUAUUAACAAAUUUUCAGCUUGCUAUUAAUAAACUUUUUUUGGCACGCGGGUUCCAGGCCUAUUUGAAAUACAGUAAUGUGCUAAUGUGCAAAAGAAACGGGCACACUGCUAUGCAUCUAUUACAAACAAAAUCGUUUAUCAGAAGCAUGUCUAAAAUCAUCAAAUUCUCAACUUAGAUUGAACUAUAACCCAUCUAUAACCAUACAAGCAUAAAGAAACAAUAUUAUAACAGAGCAACCAUCGAGUAAUAAAAAAGAUUUUUUAAACCAUCGAGUAAUAAAAAAUACUUUUUUAUAUUACUCAAUGAGAGCAACUUAACAAGCACUUAUCUAAAUUCUCGGAAAGUAUCCUAUUGUCGUGUCGUACUCUCUUAACAAAUAAUAAAUGUUCGGAAUUUGAAAAAUUCGCAUAUGGACCACGUAGAUAAAAAUACCCUUAAAAUCAGAAAACCGCCAGCCACUUAAAAAGCAUUCCCGAAACUACUUUACAACUACAGUUGCAAAAGGGCAGUUUAUAUAAUAAAUAACAUUUUCUGGCAUUUUUGUUUAGAUUGUUUGAAAUAUUAGAGUUUAUAGAAAUAUCUGAAUCACUACUAUUUGUUUUUUGAAUUUAUUUUCGUUUAAAAAAAUUAUCAUCAGUGGACUACUUUUGGGCACCCGUGUGCGAUGCACACUUUGCACACAUGGUAGCGGCGGCCCUGACAAUGGGCUUUUAAGAGGAAACGCUUCGAAAAAUAAAAAAUAAAGAGUGCUAUAUACGCACUUUAAGGUACGCACCAUUCAAUUAAAUAAAAGACUAAUGUUAUUUAAAGAUAGAAGACUUUUGUGGGACCUAUUUAAAUUUUUACAAGAAUAUGUUUUAAAGCUUUUCCUAGUUUACAAAUAAAGGCAUCGAUUGAAGUGCCCUUCAUGAAGCAAUAUUUUGACAGUUUGUGAUUGUCAACAGUAUUUUGGGAAUUUUAGAUAAAUAGUAGCUAUACCUUGUUAUAAAAUUACUGAGGAUCGCUCGUUGUGAAUAUACAUUGUCAUUGUUUUGUUUCGUAUACAUUUGAGAAAUAGAAAACUGUAAACUUUUAAAGUAUUAAAAGAACGGGUGAUGUUAGUUAUUGGAGUUGAACAAAAACAUGUUAUUAUAAUUAUGCAGAUGAACAUUUGGAUAUAGUAUUAGGUUUCGUAGGUAUGCUUUUUCUCAUGAGGAUCUUUCAGUGCGCCACAGUUUUUCGAUUUCUUUCUAACGCAUUAAAUUGUAUGUGACAGAAAAAAAGCGCAUGUCGGUGAUUACAUUUCGUCGGUGACAUUUAUAACAUUUAUUCUAGUUGUCAAUAGAUGGCGCCAUAAUCGAAAAUAAAAUAAUUUGCGAAUUAUAUAAUAUAUCUACGAAUAUAAUCUGAACAAUUUAUAAGACAAUACAAAUCAAAGAAAAUACCAUUUUAUAAAUGCAAUAAACACAGUUGAUUUGAUUUUAUGCCCAAUUGCAAAUAAAAUGUGACAACUGUCAGAUUUAACUAAUAUGACAUGUCACUAAAAUGUAUAUUAUCACUUUUAUCAUUUGUGACGCACUGAAAAAUGCUCAUGAAAAGAAGUAUAUAUGCAGAAUCUCAAACACUAAAUAUGCAAAAUAUGAAUUAUUUGUCUAAUCAUGAAUAUACUGUAACAAAAAUUUCGAAAAGCUAUGAAAAAUACAUACAUAUACCAAUGAAACUGGUAAGAAGAAAGAUAUUUUAAAAGUAUUUGAGAUGUACUGCUGGAGGCGAAUUAUGAGAAUAUUAUGGGUGGACCGCAGAACAAAUGAAUCUAUACUGAACUAGCUAAACAUUAAACAAUUAUCAGAACAAAUAAUAGGCUAUUUUGGACAAGAUCUUCGAAGAAAUGGUCUUGAAAAAUUUACCAUCCAGGGGAAAGGUAAUGGACCAUUUACCACGAUCCAUUGUUAUAAUGUGUUAGAAAAAGAUAUAAAGAAAUGGAGGAACAUUGCAAAGCUUCAUGACACGAUACCUGGAUCAGGUUAACUGCUAAGAGGAAGAAUGUCCUAUUAAUUUCCCGAUCACAAGCGUUAUAAAACAAUUAAAACGGUCUAUUUGUUGUACCUAUAUAAAAGCCUAGUUGCCUAGUUUUGUUACUAAAAAGUUACAAAGCAGAUUACAGAAAAAAAUAUAUCGUAAUUCCAUAUAAAAGAACUCUCAUAUCGUAAAAAAGAGCUUGGCAAUAUGCAAAUUAAAAAAUUGUUGGAGUAAGUGAUAUCUCAAAUGUAUACGAUCUUAGUUUUUAAGUAGUGGUUUGUUGUUAAACUUCUUAGUGUUUUUAUUAAACUGUACAAAUAUUUUGCACAAGACCAAUAUAUUUUAAGUUUAAAUAUCUCAAAAUGAUAAUUGCCAAAUAGUUGUUGAUAAUACAACGAAAAUAUAUUAUUAUACAAUCCAGACGCUUUUUUACUUCACGACUUUACUUAUAAAAAUAUUUUCUGCUCCUUGAUUUUUCCUAGUCUAGAAAAAUAUUGUCUAUUUUUGGCUCCAAUAAUCUUUUCAAAACAUGAGUGUAUUGGAAUGUUUAUUUUAAUUUAUUUAAAGUCCUCUAACACUAACACUAAAACAGGAUUAAUUUAUUACAUUUAUUUAUUCAACCGUACAUAUUUAUAUUUUAGACUAACACUAAAUCCUCUAAUUUAUCUUUAUCUCCUAAAAUCUAAUUUAUUAUCUUUAUGUAUAGUCGCAUCAUUCGGGUAUUAGUUUUACCUAUUGAAGUAAAAGCUGCAAUAGUAGACCAAGAAGGAUAUGUUUUUAGGUGGAUGUGAGAGGUGGCAUUCGGAUUUUUGCGGAUAAAGUUAGGUGAUAACUUCGUUAAUAAUGAUAAUUAUUAUUUGCUCCUUCUCAAAUAUGCCUGGAACAUUAAUUCAAAAAAUAAAUUAUUUAAAAAUUUCAAAAAAUUUCGUUUUUUUCUACUUUCUUUGCUUAUAAUACGAUUCAUUUUGGAACAAAGUCGUAUGGGAAUAAAACAAAGGUAAUUAAAUUUUCUAUCAGAUAAGAUUGGUUAAAAAUGUCUUAGUUUAACACCCUUGCUGCAAAAUAGCAAUAAAUAUAAAAUAAGGUGGCAAAACAAGCCUGUCUUCAUUCAAUGUUUUUCCAUAACUUAGGUUACACAUGGAAUCUUCUUAAUUCGCUUAGAAAUUUUUUGUAAUGUGCUUAAACCGUCCACCAAAUUUCAUUAAACUUUCAUUUUCACUUACUAAAUUUUGCAUAAUAAUUUUGCAAUCUAAACUUUUUUAAAAAAUUAAAAUUUUUUAAAAUCUUGCACUACAAAAAGUAUAACAUACAAAGAUUUGUCAAUUUUUUUACAUAUAAAGAAGCACUCCACCUAUCUAAUGCAAUUUACAGAAUUGAAAUCGGAUUAUUUAAGCAGCCUCAGCAAUGUUUUAAAAUUAUAAACAAUUUUUUGGCUUAUAAACAAAUUAGUGCUGCGUCCAGGACUGGGUGCUACGGGCUUCUUUGUUUAGAUGGACUUAUCCAAGUUUUUUUUAUGUAUUUUGAUCAGUAGAACAAGAAUUUUUUGGGUAAUAGUUGAUCCGGAUGUCGAUAAGAUUGUUAUAAACAAAGAACUUGAGGAAUUACAUAACAUCGAUUUUUCGCAAAAUAAAACAUUUUUUUUGCAUUUAUUGGGUAAUUCUAAGCAAAAAAUGUUCUUACAAGUUUUUUCGUAGGAUGCAUAGUUUUCGAGAUAAACGCGGUGGAACGUUCAAAAAAUCGAAAAAUUGCAAUUUUUGGCCGAGAAUAACUUUUGAUUAAAAAAUAAAAUAGCAAUUCUGCUGACAGCAUUUGAAAGUUUAAGUCAAAUUAUACCGGUUUUAAUUAUUUGCAUUGCUAAAAAUUAAUUUUUUUAUUAUUAAACAAAGCUAUUUGUUUAUAAGCAAAAAAAUUGUUUAUAAUUUUAAAACAUUGCUGAGGCCCCUUAUAUAAUCCGAUUUUAAUUCUGUAAAGUGUAUUAGAUAUUUAGAGCACCUCUUUAUAUGUAAAAAAAUUAGCCAACUUUUAAAUGGUCUACUUUUUGUUCAGAAAGAUUUUAAAAAAUUUGAACUUUUUUAAAAACAUUUACAUUGCAAAUUUAUUAUGCAAAAUCUAUUAGGUCGAUUUUAAUGAAAUUUGGUAGACCAUUUAAGUAAGUUAUAAGAAUUUUCUAAGCGAAUUACAAAGGUUCUAAGUGCCACCAACGUGGUUAAGAAAAAUUGAAUAACAACAGGCGUAUUUUGCCCCCUUAUUUUGUAUUUAUUGCUAUAUUGCAGAAAAGGUAAUACCUUAAGACAUUUUUGACCGGUCGUAUAUCAUACAAAAUUCAAUUAUCUUUAUUUUAUCUCUCUACGGGCCGGUUGUUUGAACGCUAAUCAAAGAUGAUCAUUAUCAAAUAUUUAAUUUCUGUCACCAACUGUCAAUGUCAACUUUGUUUGGGUUGCUGAAAACAUAAUUAUGGAUUACAAUUAUGAAAUUAGUUAAUCAAUUAUGUUAAUAAUUGUUAUGUUAAUUGAUUAACUAAUCUCACAAUUAUAAUCAAUUAUGUUUUCAACAACCCAAUCAAAGUUGACAUUGACAUUUGGUGACAGUAAUUAAAUAUUUGAUAAUGAUCAUUGUUGAUUAGCGUUAGAACAACCGGCCCUAAGACUUUGUUCCAAAACGAACCGUUUUAAAGUUAUAAGCAAAGAAAGCAGAAAAAAAUCGAUGUUUUUCGAAAUUUUUAAAUAUUUUAAUUUUUUUAUUAAUGUUCCGGGCAUAUUUGAGAAGGAGCAUAAGUCAAUUAUUAUUACUGAAGGUGUCACCUAACUUUAUCUGCAAAAAUCCGAAUGUCACCUCUCACAUCCAAAAAUACACGUUUUUUUUUACAGAUUAGUCCUGGUCUAUAGGUUUUGUGCAAUAUAUUGAAAAAAAAAAAUAGUAUUAAGAACUUGUAGACAAUAAUGAUAAUAUUAAAUAUUGUGAAAAUAAUGUCUUCCAACUUAGGUAACGAGUAUAUAUCCAUAUUAUUGUUAUUUAUUUUAAACAUGUUUUGGAAAAUACGUAAAAUCUAAUUUUCAUGUAGGUAAUAUAAGUUAAAUCCUGUUUUUUCGUGUAGAUUUGUACAUAUCAAAGUAGUUUUUCAGAAAAAUAUUAAUAGAGAACUAUAAAUGGUAAAAUUUAAAGUAAUUUUUUAAACAGCUUAAAUGGUUGAAAUUAAAUUAUUGGGCAGGUAACCCUAUAAGAAUGGACAAUAACAGGAAGAACAUCUAGUAGAACGCUUAGUGGAACUAUUGGGGGUCGUCGGACAGUAGAACGACCAAGGAAGAGAAGAGGAAGAGUAAGAACCGAUGAUGAAGAUAUAUUAAGGGUAGAUAACUGCAGGAGAGCAGCCAAGGAAAGAGAUGCUUGGUAGUGAUGUUGAAAAAGUAACUAUUCGUUACAAAGUACUCGUUACUUACGAAUACCGAAAGUAACGAUUACAUACUAUACAGAGAGGCAAAUCGUUACUUUGAUUUCUUUGAUUACUCUUAUUACUUCGUAUCAAUCGUAUCAGAGCGAGUAACGACUAUUGUAUCUACUUUGAUUACUUUAAUUACUCUGAUUACUUCGUUACUCCGUACCAAUCGUAUUAGAGCGAGUAUUGUAUCUACAACCAGUACACUUGAUUACUUUCUAUAAUAAAAAAAUACCAAUCGUAUCCCAGCGAGUAACGGACAGGACCGGUAUUUUAGGAAUGUUAUCGAAUAUCAUUAUCGGUAUGAAGCGUUUUAAGGGUGUGACGGAAUACCUAUUUAAUAUUAUACAUUCCAUUUCAAAUCACUCAAUUUUGGAGCAAAAAAAAUUUUGGACCUCCGAUUUGUCUGAAAAUUGGUAUAUAGCUUCUGCGGGACGUAAAAAUAAGAUAUUUAAGGUCAAAAAAUCUUCUUCUUCUUUUUUUCUCAAAAUGUUAUUUUAUGCGAUUUUACAGUGAUUUGGUGUUUAUUUAUACAAAUUUGCAUUUUCUAUCGUAAAGUAUCAAUGGAAAACAUA